AUGACUCCGCCCCUCCUUCCGCUGAGAAACCUGUCCCUUUUAUUUAGAUACAUUUACGUCAGCCCGCCUUACGUAGCGUUGCGUCAUUACUGCCAGGCGCGGAGGCAGGACUUCCUGUCCCUCAUUCUAACAGUUUCCGGGAAAAACCGGAAGAGACGGGACCCUGGACAGAAUCGGGGAUAGCCAGCCCCUUCCCCGGCCCCUACGGAAAGACGAGUUUAAGGGCCGUCCUGGCGGAGUCAAAACAUUUAUCCUGGCCUUGUCAGUGUGGACCCUGUCAGCAACCAGGCCAUGGAGCUCUCUGAUGUCACCCUCAUUGAGGGUGUGGGUAAUGAGGUGAUGGUGGUGGCAGGUGUUGUGGUGCUGAUUCUAGCCUUGGUCCUAGCUUGGCUCUCUACCUAUGUAGCAGACAGCAGUAGCAACCAGCUCCUGGGCACUGUUGUGUCAGCAGGUGACACCUCUGUCCUCCACUUGGGGCAUGUGGACCAGCUGGUGGCGGGCCAAGGCACCCCAGAGGCAACUGAACUCCCCCAUCCAUCAGAGGGUAAUGAUGAGAAGGCUGAAGAAGCUGGCGAAGGUGGGGGAGACUCCACUGGGGAAUCUGGAGCUGGGAGUGGUAUGGAACCCAGCCUUGAGCAUCUCCUUGACAUCCAAGGCCUGCCCAAAAGACAAGUGGGCCUGGAGAGUGGCAGUCCAGAAGACCCGCUGAGACCAGAGGAGAGCACUUGCCUCCCUCCCAGCCCCGGCUUCAUCAAUGUGCGGCUCAAAUUCCUUAAUGACACUGAAGAGCUGGCUGUGGCCAGGCCAGAGGACACUGUGGGUGCUCUGAAGAGCAAGUACUUCCCUGGACAAGAGAGCCAGAUGAAACUGAUCUACCAGGGCCGCCUGCUGCAGGACCCAUCGCGCACACUGCGUUCCUUGAACAUUACCGACAACUGUGUGAUUCACUGCCACCGCUCACCCCCAGGGGCAGCUGUUCCAGGUCCCUCAGGCUCCCUGGCCCCGCCAGCCACUGAACCACCCAGCCUUGGUGUUAAUGUGGGCAGCCUCAUGGUGCCUGUGUUUGUGGUGCUCUUGGGUGUGGUCUGGUACUUCCGUAUUAAUUACCGCCAGUUCUUCACAGCACCUGCCACUGUCUCCCUGGUGGGAGUUACAGUCUUCUUCAGCUUCCUAGUAUUUGGGAUGUAUGGACGAUAAGGACAUAGGGAGAAAAUGAAAGGCAUGGUCUUCCUCCCUUAUGGCCUCCCCGCUUUCCUGGCCAGAUCUGGGCCCAAGGCCCUGGGAGGGAGAGACGAAAAGGAUGUGGUGGGUAUCAUGUCCGUAAGAUACGGGAGGCAGGUGGGGCAUCCCCUCAUGUCCACAGGGGUGCAGACAUCCCCUCUGUGUAAGCACAACUCAGGUAGACACAGGGAUGUCAUCUUCCUUCUCUAAGAGUCCAGAAGGAGUUCAGAACCAUUGGCCAAGCUCAUUGGGAAGCCUGGGCUCUAAGGAUUCCCUCCCAGUUGUGCCCCUAGCCUUUCCAGCAUCCUGCAUGUCUGCCUCCUAGCACCUAGGAGUGCCUGCUGGGGCAACCUAGCAUGGCCCCAGCAUACUUCUGUAAUGGAGCAUCUCUCCACUCCUUAGUUGAGUGUCUAUCUUUUGAGACUGAAAUUGCAUAGGGAUGAAGACUGCAACCUUUACUAUAGAUACCCAGCCACUGCCACCUCCUCCCUCUACCCCUUUGACAGGAAUAGGGUGUUCUCCCUUCUUUCAAAGCACUUUGCUUUUUUAAAAAUAGUCCUUCACAGAGCUCAGUCAGAAAGGGGUUGAUGCACAAGGCCAAGCCCCCAGCAUUGGGAGAGGCCAGGCCACAGCUGCUGCUACCCUAGGCCUAAGGCUGUAAGAGAGCAUUGGCCUUCAGCCAGUGUCCUGCCCUGCCCAGCUCCAAGGACAAGCUCUGGGUAUGGGUCACCAGGCUCUAGGCCCUUGCCUUUGUGGCUCUUGGAUA